AUGGGCAGAAUUAUCUUCUACGAGGACAGGAACUUUCAGGGUCGCUCCUAUGAGACCAGCAGCGAUUGUGCAGAGCUGACCUCUUACCUGAGCCGCUGCAACUCCUGCCGAGUGGAGAGCGGCUGCUUUAUGGUUUAUGAGCGCCCCAACUUUAUGGGCCACCAGAUGCUGGCCAGGAGGGGAGAGUACCCUGAUAACCAGCGUCUGAUGGGAAUGAGCAUGAGUGACUGCAUCCGCUCCUGCCGCAUGAUCCCCAUGCACAGAGGUCCCUUCAGGAUGAGGAUCUUCGAGAAGGAGAACUUUGGAGGCCAGAUGAAUGAGGUGGUGGACGACUGCGACUCUAUCCAGGAACGUCUUCGUAUGUCCGACUGCCAGUCCGCUCAGGUGAUGGAUGGCCACUGGCUGCUGUACGAGCAGCCCCACUUCAGAGGACGGAUGAUGUACCUGAGGCCUGGAGAGUACAGAAGCAUGAGAGACAUGGGCAUGGGUCCCAUGGACAUGAGGAUCGGAUCCAUUAGGCGUAUCAUGGACUCCUGUUAA